CACGCGGAGAGAAAUAUGGAUUAUGUGUUGGUUAACGAGAACCCAAUUGUUUACCCGAAGAGAAAACGGCGUGAUCGUACUAAUGAGAGCAAUACCGAUGAGUAUUCAGUAGAACCAAUAGAUCAGCUCGAGAUUUUUGAUCAUAUAAGAGAUAUCAAAGAUCCAGAGCAUCCUGAGUCUUCUCUGGAACAGCUCCAAGUGUUAACAGAAGAAUCGGUAAAAGUUGAUGAUGAUAAGAAUUACGUAAGAAUUACAUUCACUCCAACUCUUCCACAUUGUCAUUUGCCAACAUGA